AUGGCCCGUUCUAGUAACAACACUGACAUACAGGGCGCUGGAGCCACGGAUACAUUAAACGAUAAUGAAAGAAUUAUUCGGUUUGAACUUGUGAAAGAAUACUUAGAAAAAGCACAAGUUAUAGUGAAAAAAGGAAGAAUACAAGACAGAGAUGAACAUGUAAUACAAAUUAAAAGAAGCAAAGACCUUAAUCCUAAAGAAAAAAGUUUUUGCCUCGAAUAUUUAAGAGAACUUAUUGUAGAAAUGAAUUAUUCUCAACGUAUUCAAAUAACUCAAGAUCCUAGAAGUGAUAAAUAUUUUAUUAAAGCUUAUACAUAUGAAAUGAAAAUUGUUAAAAAAAUUAAUAGAUGUACACGAUGUUAUUCAAACUUAUCUAAUGAUGAGCACUGCCUUUGUGUUGUUUUAUGUUUGUUAAAUAAUUCAAAACCAUCUGGAAAUGAGUUUAUUGACAAAUUUAUGCAGAAUUAUUAUAUGAGUCAGGAAAUUAGAAGAUCUGCAUUAGAAUAUGUCAUUGAAUGGAUUCCUUAUGAAUUUCUGACGGGUGUCAAAUAUAUUUCAAAAGGCGGAUUCGGAUCUCUAUAUUCUGCAACAUUGGCUAAUGGGUGGAUUACUGGUUGGGAUGAGGAGGCUCAACAAAUUAUAAGGACUGGGCCAAAAAUUGUUGCUUUAAAAUUAAUAAACGAGUUAAAUGAACAAGAUAAUAAGGUUCUUGAAGAGGUAAUAUCUAAUGUCAAAUUUUCGUCUCAAGGUUCACACGGAGUUAAAUGUUACGGAAUGACAAAUUUUCCAGAAAGAGAAAAACUUGCAUUUCUUUUGGAUUAUAUGGAAAAUGGAGAUCUUAACACCUUGUUGAAACAUCUUGAAAAAUUGUCUUGUGGUGAAUAUGUAAUACCAGAAUUAGGAAACAUGUUUAGCCGAUCGCAUUUUCAUGUACCUAAUGAAAUUUCAAGCAUAAUUCAUGAGUUUGUAAAUCUUCCUGAGCCUAAAAAUGAAACAAAUUAG